AUGUUUUCUAAAGGAACAGCGCAGGUCUGUAGUGCCUGCAUAUGGAAGCGAGACAAUUAUGUGGGAUAUGUUCUUCGGCUGUGUGCUCCACAGGUGGUUCGCUUCAACGUCGGCGCCGACGACCCCGCCACCAGCGGCGCCACCGCCUCGAGAAACCUCUCCGGCGGAGGACGGGCCCGGGGUGCGGGCCCGUCGGCCAGCGCGAGGGCCGCUCUCGUCCGAGGCGUGAGUUUCGAGCACACCACGUUCCACCGGAGCAAGUCCGCCGUCAUGCACCGAGGCAGCCUGUCGGGAGACGAUGCGACGACCGCCGCGUCGGUGUCGUCCUCGUCGGCCAAGUCUUCGCCGACCAGGUCUCCGAGGGGUCAGGGCGCCAACGCCUCGCCUUUCAAGGAACGCCCACUGGCCCCCGCGGUGGCCAGGGUUCAGCAGUUGCAGCAGAUGCCCGCGGCGCGAAGUCAGAGUUCCAAGAGUUCCGCCGCAGCGGGAAGCGACCCUCGAGCGACCACGAUGGCAGUGCAGCUGUACGAGCCGCCCUUUGCGAGGCCGCCAAUCUCGGAUCUCAGCAACGAGAAUUACACGCGAUUCCACCGCAUCAGAGCUGUGCAACAGCAGCAGCAGGCAGCCGCCGUUAGUGCUCCAGGGGUCACGGCCCGCAGGAAAGAGGCAACAACAUCGCAGAACCUGCUCCUGAGGACAAGGUCGAUGACUACUUCCCGAUCCUCGACAAACCUCACUCAGCCGCCGCAGCAGCAGGAGGGCGCGAGGACGAGCGGCAAGCCGAACAGGGACAAGAACGCGUCCGCUAGCCAAGACGCCAAAGGAUCCGCUUCACCAACCGACGCCGGUCAAAGACUCGCGGCGGAAGCGACGCCAAAGCUCCGGAGGACGUCGUCGGGUCCGUCCAGGAGACCGGCCCGGACAGCGAAGGAGCCGGUGCCGUGGACGUCGCUGGCUGUUCAGACAGCCGCCGGCGUGAUCGCGCUCCUGUGCAAGCCGCAGGAGGGCGACGCCGCGAGCCUGCUGCCGCCAAGGCCGCUGCAGGCCAAGCUGGGCGCGCCGCCGGCCCGGGAGACCAGGGUUCCGCGCCUCGUCAAAGUGAGCGUCAGCGACGAGGACUCGAGCGCGGACCGCGAGGACAGUGCGUCGUCCGGACAACGGGACUCCUCUUCUAGUCUUGCUCAACCUUCUUCGUAGUUUGGGGUUCUGUCGUAGAAAAAUACGAGAGGAGGUGGGGUGGCCGAGCAGAUGCCGCUCAAAUAGAAUCGCUGGAGCUGCAUGCGGGUGCGCCGUGCACGGAUGUAGCGGUCUCCGUCGGGUUGCCGAUACGCAUGUCGCCACCUGGGUGCCCUCGCUGAUGCAGGGCGCCAGAGUCUACGCCCGGACAUCCGCUAGAGCCAC